UUGCGACUGAACUCCAGAUCCCCGAGCAUUUAGUCCUCCCUGUGUUUAAAGUUCCCUGACUCCAAAAUGGCGAGAAAACGGAUAUGGUUCUUCCUGUCUCUGGCGUUACUGCUGCAUCUCGUCUAUCAACUGUUUACGCAACAGGGACCAGUGGAAGCCGUCAGCUGCGAAGGGCAAGAGUGCAGUCCGUAUUCCCCGGCGGAUUCAAAGGGCAAUGCGAACGGCUUGGCUACGAUGCACGUAGCGCAAGAAGCUCUGUCGAGUUACGACCCCGAGACACCACACUAUUUUGCGAAGAAAUUGAUGGAGAACAUACCUAAUUACGUCGAUAAAGAUACCAUUAAGUUACCGGAGAAAUCCGCCAAAAAGAUCGUCUUCUACACCAAGUUCUUCGGAGAGGACACCUGGGUCAAAAUGCUCGGCAACGGAACGGACCUUAGGGAACACCAGUGCCCCGUGAGCAACUGCGUGUUCUCCUACAACAUCUCCUGAAGCCCCCGAGGCCGACGCCGUCCUCUUCCACGCCACUGACUACAACCCCUUGGACGUCCCGAAGACCAGGCACAGCCACCAGAGAUACGUGUGGGUGACCGUCGAGUCCCCGGGGGUGCAGGGCGGGUUGGACCGGGACACCCACAACCGGCCCUUCUUUAACUGGACGUACACCUACCAUCGGAAGUCGGAGAUCUUCAUGCCAUACGGGCACCUAGUCCCGCUCAAAGGGAACCCCGCUUCUCUUCGGCCCGGCAUCCUCAACCGCUCCGACGACACCUACAGGGCGUACCUGGCCGAGCUGAGCGGCAAUGCGAGGCCCGGGAAAGAGGCGCGGAAGUGGUUCUUCGAUAGGCCUAAAGUCGUGUCUUGGAUGGUGUCCCACUGCACUACCUCCUCGGGCCGCGAAAUCUACGCCAAGCAACUGCAAGAAUUCAUACAUGUGGAUGUGUACGGCGCCUGCGGGAACCUCAGCUGCGGAAUAAGCCAUCUGGACACUUAUUGUUACACGCAACAUCUGAACAAGUACAAGUUCUACCUCGCUUUUGAGAACAGUAUGUGCGAGGAUUAUAUCACGGAGAAGGUAAGACAGACCUGGGUAUGA